UUACCGCUGUUUGCCGUCAGAACUAACUGAUAGCAUAACAUGUUCUGCUUUGUGCGAAUAUUCGCCACGUUAUAGAACAAAAUUUAAAGAAAGAAUGUCGAUAAACUUCUAAUCAACGUAAAAAAUUCAAACUAUAUUAUCUAUUAAUGAUCAUAAUGAUCCCCGAAGCAUUAUGGACGUAUCUCUUCGUAUUUGCAGGGGCAUUAUUAACUGUAGCAAUAGCUAUGGUUUACUUACUGUGCAAGUACACUGAAGCAUAUCCUAAAGUUCAUCGCUAUGAUGAAGAAAAAUAUUUUACUAAUCCCAAUACUGGAAAAAAAGUUGCAUUUCCAUCAAUUGAUGAAAACUGGAGUGUUAAUAUUAGUGUUAUUGUGCCUGCUUAUAACGAGGAGACCAGAUUACCUCCAAUGCUUGAUGAUUGUCUCAAAUAUUUAGAGGAAAAAUCAAGGUCUGGUGUAUCUUAUGAAAUCAUAAUAGUUAGUGAUGGAAGUACUGAUAAGACUGUUGAAGUUGCUGAAUCUUAUGCUAAAAAAUACAAUACUAUUAGGGUUUUAGCUUUAACAAAGAAUCGAGGAAAAGGUGGUGCUGUGAGGUUGGGUAUGCUAAGUGCAAGAGGAAGUGUGAUGCUUUUUGCAGAUGCUGAUGGUGCAACAACAUUUAAUGACUUGGAUAAAUUAAAUGAGAGUCUAAGGAGUAUUUUAGGAUUUGAUUACAUCAAUUCUCCUGGAAAAACUGCUGAAUCUCAUGCUAUUGUUUGUGGAUCAAGAGCUCAUCUAGAAGAAGAAGAAAAAGCUAAAAGAUCUCUUUUCAGAUUAUUUUUAAUGUAUGGAUUCCACUUUUUAGUAUGGUUGCUUUGUGUACGCAGUGUACAUGAUACACAAUGUGGUUUCAAACUUUUGACUCGUGCUUCAGCAAGACUUGUGUUCGCAGCAUUACACGUCGAACGCUGGGCUUUUGAUGUUGAAAUGCUCUACAUAGCAGAAGUUCUAAAUUUGCCUAUCACUGAAGUUGCUGUUGAAUGGCAAGAAAUAGAUGGAAGUAAAAUUGUACCUGUCUGGAGCUGGUUGCAAAUGGGUAGAGAUCUGGGUUUGAUAUCUCUAAGGUACAAAUUAGGAGCUUGGAAGAUAGCUAAACCAAAAGUCAAUUGAAAAAAAAAACAAGAUUUCUUCUAAAAGUCAAGAACCUUAGAUGACUCUUUUAUGAAAAUAAUGAGCUGAAAACCCCAGAUGAAAAACCCAAUUCCCCAGUUCUGUAAAGAGUCAACUUCAGUGUCAGAAGUUGUGGAUUUUGAUGAAUUUAGAUUGUGCUAUGAGUGUUGUAUGCAUUUUUAUAAAUUAUAUUUAUAAUAUUUGUAAUGUUGUUUACAAUAGCUAAUUUUUCAGAGAAAAAUUAUGAAGUUGUGUGUACUAUGUACAAUCAUUUGACAAUAUAUUUUGUAUUAUAUUUUUCAAUCAUAAAAUGUUUCCCUUUAUACAUUUUUAU